GGGCAGAGGAGGGCGUGGCGUGUCUGGUAUGGGAUGCAGUGGGAAGGAGGGGGCGCUUCUGAGUAAAUCCCGAGGUGGUUCCUUUGAGGAAUCCUCUUCUUCCCGGUUGCCCUUUAAUUUGCCAGCAAGAGAGUCCCCAUGGUCUUUGUUCAAGUUCUGGAGACUUUCUCUUUGGGUGGGCUUAAUCACCUGCUACUUCAUUAUAGAACUGCCCGCGACCUUUUCUGAUACUGGGCACAAACGUGGGGAAUAUGUCAGAAAACAGGAAGCCGCUGCUGGGCUUCGUGAGCAAAGUCCCCAGUGGGACUGCACUUGGGAACUCAGGCAAGACUCACUGCCCUUUAUGCAUGGGGCUUUUCAAAGCCCCCAGGCUCUUGCCUUGUUUGCACACGGUUUGCACCACUUGUCUGGAGCAGCUGGAACCCUUCUCAGUAGUGGAUAUCCGAGGGGGAGACUCUGACACAAGCUCUGAGGGGUCAAUAUUCCAGGAACUCAAGCCACACAGUCUGCAGCCGCAGAUCGGCAUCCUCUGCCCAGUAUGUGAUGCUCAGGUGGACCUGCCCAUGGGUGGAGUGAAGGCUUUAACCAUAGACCACCUGGCCAUGAAUGAUGUGAUGCUGGAGAGUCUGCGUGGAGAAGGCCAGGGCCUGGUGUGUGACCUGUGCAGCGACAGGGAAGUAGAGAAGAGGUGUCAGACCUGCAAAGCCAAUCUCUGCCACUUCUGCUGCCAGGCUCAUAGACGGCAGAGGAAAACAACUUACCAUACAAUGGUGGACCUAAAAGACUUGAAAGGCUACAGCCGGAUUGGGAAGCCUAUCUUGUGUCCUGCUCACCCAGCGGAGGAGCUGAGGCUGUUCUGUGAGCUCUGUGACCGGCCGGUGUGCCGCGACUGUGUGGUGGGGGAACAUCGGGAGCACCCCUGCGACUUCACCAGCAAUGUCAUCCAUAAGCAUGGGGACUCUGUGCGCGAGCUCCUCAAAGGCACACAGCCCCAUGUGGAGGCCCUGGAGGAAGCUCUGGAUCAGAUCAAAAGGAUGAACAGCGCCCUCCAGGAGCGAGUAGAGGCAGUGGCAGCCAAUGUCCGAACAUUCUCAGAGGGCUACAUCAAAGCUAUUGAAGAACACAGGGACAAGCUGCUGAAGCAGCUGGGAGACAUACGGGACCAGAAGGAGAACUCCCUGCAGCUGCAGAAGGCACAACUGGAACAGCUGCUGGCAGACAUGCGCACUGGAGUGGAGUUCACUGAGCACUUGCUGACCAGCGGCUCAGACUUGGAGAUCCUCAUCACCAAGCGGGUGGUAGUAGAACGGCUCAGGAAGCUGAACAAAAUCGAAUAUAGUGCCCGUCCUGGAGUAAACGAUAAGAUAUGCUUCUCUCCCCAGGAGAAAGCAGGCCUGUGCCAUGGCUAUGAAGUUUAUGGGACUAUUAAUACCAAAGAGGUUGAUCCAGCCAAAUGUGUCCUUCAAGGAGAAGAUCUCCACAGAGCCCGGGAGAAACAGACCGCCUCUUUCACCCUGCUUUGUAAGGAUGCCAUGGGAGAGAGCAUGGGCAGGGGAGGAGACAACAUUCAAGUCGCUGUUGUCCCUAAAGAUAAGAAAGACAGUCCGGUCAGAACAAUGGUCAAGGAUAACAAGGAUGGGACGUACUAUGUUUCCUAUACCCCCAAGGAACCUGGGGUCUAUACGGUGUGGGUCUGCAUCAAAGAGCAGCACGUGCAGGGCUCUCCAUUCGCUGUGACGGUCAGGAGAAAGCACCGCCCGCACCCAGGCAUAUUUCACUGCUGCACCUUCUGCUCCAGUGGAGGCCAGAAAACUGCUCGCUGUGCCUGUGGAGGCACCAUGCCGGGUGGGUACCUAGGCUGCGGCCAUGGACACAAAGGCCACCCAGGUCGCCCCCACUGGUCAUGCUGUGGGAAGUUUAAUGAGAAGUCUGAGUGCACAUGGGUAGGCGGGCAGAGCACACCAAGGAGUCUGCUGAGGACUGUGGCACUCUGAGGGUUUCCUGGGGACGUGCUCAGCCUGUUAAAGCUGUAGCCAGCACCACUUCAGAUUACCGGAGGACCCCAGACCUUGAUUAAUUCUGAAGAAACUGAUAAAAUUAAAAACAAAGUGCCUUAUCU